CACAGUCAGCCACAGAAUUCUGCCAUCAUGGUUCCCCUUGGAAACCUGCGAAGAUUCUGCAGCAGGCUCACUUGGCAGCGUUUUAGAUUAGCUGAAGCAUCUUCGAUAAAUUGGCUGUCUUCGGCUGUCAGUUUAUUAGCAGCUUAUCAACUUAGUUGUCAAGAUGGGUGGCUGUUGGUCAUGUGUGGCCUGCAGGUCUCACCCAGAGGCAGAACCAAAGGAUGAAGAUGAAGAGGGGGCACUGACAGGUCAUCCCAGAAACCCAACCCAUGUUGCACCAUUUUCUGGGGGACUCCCCAGUGUUUUGGGGCACACUCUGGGGAAAGAGCUCAUUGAGGAACCCUCCAUGCCAGAACCCCUUCCAGCACCUCACAUCACCAACAACAUCCUGGAGGAAGAGCUCACUGAGGAACCCUCCGUGCCAGAACCUCUUCCAGCACCUGGCAUGACCAAUGACAUCCUGGAGGAAGAGCUCACUGAGGAACCCUCCGUGCCAGAACCUCUUCCAGCACCUGGCAUGACCAAUGACAUCCUGGAGGAAGAGCUCACUGAGGAACCCUCCGUGCCAGAACCUCUUCCAGCACCUGGCAUGACCAAUGACAUCCUGGAGGAAGAGCUCACUGAGGAACCCUCCGUGCCAGAACCUCUUCCAGCACCUCGCAUCACCAACGAGAUCAUGGAGGAAGAGCUCAUUGAGGAAACCUCAAUGCCAGAACCCCUUCCAACACCUUGCAUCACCAAUGACCUACUGGGGAAAGUGCUCAUUGAGGAUACCUCAGUGCCAGGUCCUUCCAUCCUCACAGACACUCCAAAGGAAGCAGCUUCUGUGUCAGAGCCCUUACUAGAGCCUUCCAUUGCUGAUAAUUAUCUUCAGCAAGAAGUAGAACUCCUCAAAGAGUUACAGCAUGACUAUGUCCAGCAGCAACUGAGGGUUCGCCGCAUUUCCCAACAGUUCCCUCGUUCUCUCCGGGCCAUCAACCUGCAAAUCGGACACACAUGGACAAGGCUCAUCCGCAGUGAAGUUCGGCUGCAGCAAUGGGAAAGGGAAGGUAUGUUCACAGCAUUCCCCUGAAAUUGCUGCUGGGCUAAGAACGGCUCUUUUGUUUAUUUCAUGUUGAAAUGCUUGAUUUGAGUCUGCAUCUAAGGUUUCAGGGGGGAGGAGGCCUGUGAGUGGGUUGUCAGUGCUUGCUGAAGUGUUCCUUCGUUUUCUGUCUUUCAUGUGUCCAAGCUCCAGUGCCUGUAAUCCAAGCAGCUUCUCAGAGUGAGCAGUGAGGGCAAGUGAUGGUGGGUGUGGUAGGAUGUCAGCCUUUGCAGCUGACCUCCUGCUUCUUCUUUUCUCUUGCAGAUGUUCCUGCAGGCCCUGCUGCACUUCUCCAGCCCUCUGGGUCUGAUUCUUCAUUGUCCUCUGUCUCCCUUGAGGUUGCCUCCAUCCCACCCUCCACCUCCAGCUCUUCCCUCCUCCUGCAUCCCUCUCCACCUCCUCCUCCUUCCCCACCUUCUCUGGACGCGGACCUCAGCAAUAUGAAAGAAACUCUGCAGAGUUUGGUAGAGAUACAGGUCCAUCAGCUGCGUGACCGCCAAAGAGACCUCCGCAGCUGCCAGGAAUGCUUACAAAGCUUCAAGGCACUGAGGGGACAAUUGAGGUGGCUAAGGAGCAGACUGGCUAGGGUGGAAGCCACUAUGGGGAUCGUGGUUCCUCCAAGGCAGCUGGACGUUGCUGAGGAAGAAGGGGAAGGCAAAUUAAAAGAGACAACUGUGCUACUAUUUACAUAAGUAGCAAUAAAAUGCUGUGUAUAUAUUUUUUAAAAAUUAAAUAUUUGUUUUAAUAGGAUGUAGAAAUAGAACAGCAAUAAAACUAGCAUAUUUAUUGCUUAAAAAAUAAAAUG